AUGGCCCGUUUCAGUCUCUCGUUCAUCGCCAUUUUCCUUGUCCUCGCGGUCUUCACCAUCUCCAUGCCCACCAAGCGUGAUCAACAAACUCCCACUCAGAUGCUUGGCCUUGAUGGUACUGUUGGUAAAUUGAUGCAUGCCACUAGUUUGAUGGAUGGCCUUGACAAGAAUGGCAGUAGCGAAGAGGAGAAACAGAAGGCCCAUGACGCCGCUGAAUCUAACCAGAAGAAGCAGGAGGCCAAGGUUGCUGCGAAACUCGCCGAGAAGGCUGGGGCUGUUGAUCAGCCUCCUGUUCCUGCCACCUCUACCAAAAAGCUUUCCUCUGGUGAUUUCAUGACCCCAACUGCCACCCCUACCCCUAAGCCCACAUCUCAGGCCAACGCCUUGGGCAAUAUUCCCAUCAUUGGUGGUCUUCUCGGUGGUGCUGGAGGCGGUCUCUAG